AACUUCACUGCUCCAAUUCCCCUUCCUCCAUUCCCUUUGUUUCACUGUUGCCCAACUCUCUCCCUUCGCAGUCGCCUUCAGCAUCGUUCUAUCUCAACCUCAUCUCGCUUGCACCUCAAAUCGAUCACCCUGCCCAAUCCUCGGCGUCUUUGCCUUCAUCCAUCCACCGCAAUUAUCCAAGAAAAGUCUUGCUCAGCCACUCGUCGAAAUCAUGGGUCGUUGGGGACAUAGAAUCUUUGAGGGAGACAGUGAUCUGGAUCUCAAGGGAGAUCUCACCUAUGCCAUCGGGGAGAAACUCAAGGCCAGAUCUAUCACCAUCGAGGAAGACCACCUGGAAGACCUUCUAGACAACAUGACCAACCCGAACAAUCGACCGACCCCAUCUCCCAUGAGCAGCCAACAGCUUCGUGAUCAUCUCAACACCAUCAGCGAUGAGUUGUUUGAAGACUACCGUCAGAAGAAAGACCCGCUCUACGGCGAAUAUUCUGCUGUCAUACUUGGGGCAGUAAUGAUGGGAGCAGGUGUGAAGAUUUCCUCGGAGAACAUGGUCUACCUUCGUCAGGCGGCAGACAAGAGUGAAGGUUAUCCUGGAUACCGGCUGCCAUUUGGAGAUCUCGGCUUUCGUGACCCGGGCAAGGCACAGUUUCUCGCCGCCCUCAGUCAUUAUCGAAAUGGUGAGCCACGAGACAUGCAUGGACCUAGCUGCUUUUACUGCGGCCGUAUCAAUCAAGACCUCCACCCACGAUCUCUCAUGAAAUGUGGCCGUUGCAAGGGGGCUUGGUACUGCAACCAAGAAUGCCAGCGGGCGAACUGGAAGAACCACAAACUCAUCUGCCGCAAAGACGGGGAACCACCACUUACCGCGGGCGGUUUUGCACUGCUGAACGUCUGAACACCAUCGGCUAACAAGGCUUGAAUCUAACAGGCGCAUACGAGAACAGGUGGAGGAGUGCAUUCCGAGGCCUCGUGUGUAUGGGUUGAAAUCAAAACUGCAAUGGAGAAAAGUUUAGUGGAUGUGGUGAGUGAAAGCUGUACAAGACGGUGCUGAGAUAACACUUUCGUUAUGUGCCCAAGAGGUCCAGGUGUGUCUAAGGACGAAUAAUUUACUGGACUACGGAAUAUCUGUGCCUUCCAAGGUGUGCUGCAGUAUUAUACUCUCAAUGACACUCGUCUUCGUGUCUCAGCCAAAUCAAUCAAUAGAUGUUGCCUGCUGGCAAAUGCAGGCCACGCCAAA